AUGGCUAGCUCUUCCUUGCUCUGCAUCACCCUUCUCUCCCUUGCCCUCUUCCACAAUUGCUUUGCUCAGAUCGAGCAAAUGCCUCUGCGGUCGAGGCAGCAGAUGCAGCAGAGGAAGCAGCAACAGCGGUGGCAAACCGAGUGCCGCCUCGACCGCCUCAACGCCCUCCAGCCCUCUCGGCGCGUCGAGUCUGAGGCCGGCAUCAGCGAGUACUGGGACCUCGAGAACGAAGACGAGCUCCAGUGCGCCGGUGUCUCCGCCGUCCGCCAUACCAUCCACCGUAGAGGACUUCUCUUGCCUUUCUUCACAAAUGCACCAGAUCUCACCUACAUAAUCCAAGGUAGGGGAAUUCAAGGAGCUGUGAUCCCUGGUUGUCCCGAGACUUAUGAAUCAGGACAAUCACAACAAUCACAGAGAUCUCAACAGCAGCACCAAAAGGUUCGAGAAAUCCGCGAAGGCGACAUCGUUGCCGCACCUGCCGGAGUGGCUCAAUGGUUCUACAACAACGGCGACUCGCCGCUUGUUUUGGUCUCCUUCGUCGACGUCGGCAACCAGGCUAACCAGCUCGAUCUAACCGCUAGAAGAUUCCACCUUGGUGGUAACCCACAAAAGGAUCAAAGAACCGAGCAAGAAAUGCGCCUCCAGAGCCGUAGCCGAAGAAGUGAGAAAGGUGCCGGUGAGCGACGGAACCCUAACGGCAACAUCUUCAGCGGUUUCGACGUCAAAAUCUUGGCGGAGUCUUUCAACAUCGACACCGAGUUGGCGAGGAAGCUCCAGAGCAAGAACGACAGGAGGGAGAGGAUCGUCCGAGUGAGGGACGAGCUUCAGAUCUUAAGUCCCUCCAGGAUCCAUGAGGAAGAACGCCGUCAUGAAUACCGAAGGGGAUACGAUUACGAAGAGUACAACGGCAUGGAAGAGACAUUCUGCACUCUGAGGAUGAGGCACAACAUCGACCGCCCGUCGCGGGCCGACAUCUUCAACCCCCGCGGCGGCCGCCUCACCACCGUCAACAGCUUCAACCUCCCCAUCCUCCGUUUCCUCCAACUCACCGCCGAGAGAGGUGUCCUCUACAAGAACGCUAUCAUGGCACCACACUUCAACUUGAACAGCCACAGCGUGAUCUACAUCACAAGGGGCAGCGGCCGGUGCCAGAUCGUCGACGACUUCGGGCGGAACGUGUUCGACGGUGAGGUCCAGAUGGGGCAGCUGUUGGUUGUGCCGCAGAACUAUGCCGUGGUGAAGCAAGCCAGCAGCCGCGGAUUCGAGUGGAUUGCAGUCAAGACCAACGACAACGCCAUGAGAAACCCUCUCGCCGGAAGGAUCUCCGCCAUGCGGGCCAUGCCGGAGGACCUUCUGGCCAACGUCUUCCGCAUCUCCAGAGAGCAAGCCAGGAACUUGAAGAACAACAGGGAAGAGGUCACUAUUUUCAGCACCCAGUCUUCUCAACAAGGCCGGGAGUAUUAA